AUGUCUAUUAUUUACGGGUUGGUUGCUCGUGGCCCUGUAAUCUUGGCAGAGUACACCGGUUCUUCCGGAAACUUUCCUCAAGUGACUCAAGCAAUUUUAGAAAAAAUUCCACCGAACAACUCGAAAUUAACAUAUGUCUACGACAGAUACCUUUUCCACUAUAUUUGCGAAGAUGGAAUUACCUACAUGUGUAUGGCUGACGACUCCUUUGGCCGACGGAUUCCGUUUGCCUUUUUGCAAGACAUUAAAGAACGGUUCCUAGAACACUAUUCAAGAGACAGAGUAGUAACGGCGCUUCCCUACGGAAUGAAUGAAUUUUCCAAAGUUAUUGGUAAACAGAUGGAAUACUUUUCCACCAAUCCGGAAGCCGAUAGAGUCAAGAAAGUACAUGGAGAAAUUGAGCAGGUCAAAGAUGUCAUGGUUCAUAACAUCGAGCGUGUGCUAGAGCGUGGAGAAAGGAUCGAACUAUUGGUAGACAAAACGGAUAAUCUCACCCAACAGGCAUUCGCCUUUAAGAAACGCAGCACUGCUUUGAAGCGAUCGAUGUGGUGGAAGAAUACCAAGUUACUGAUCCUUCUAGUAUUCGUAAUCAUCCUCAUCUUCUACUUUAUCAUUUCCUCGGCUUGCGGGUUUCCUAAAGUUGGUUCUUGUGAAGAUUCGUACAAUACUAAUGACACAAGCAUUUGGUUGAGCAAAGCUCCCCCGAUUCAACAACCCAUGAGUCACACAAAGAACAUCUCCGUGGAAGAUGAAUUAUGA